GCCACUGGCUGCCAAUCUCAUUAGAGGAUUAUAAGGAUACGAUGUCAUACCCGGUGCUGAACAAACAGACACACAUGCUGCUUCCUGGCUGUCCUGACACUUUUCCAUUCAGCUGAAUUCAGCACUGCGACAUGGCAGCAGAUCUCCCACAGUUUUGGAUCUAAUGCCUACGUUUGGGUGAAAUCUGGACCGCAUCUUUCUGCGAUGAUGUCAGAGUCUGAUCCUGACUCAGUAACUGAAACUGAUUUUACCAGUAAACUGAAUUUGUCUCGGAUACAAGUGAACAGCCAGGAAGGAGGAGUCAUUUGUUCAGAAUGAAGCGGGUUGAAGUAUUAAUAUUUUAUUUCUUACUGAUUGUUUGGUGCGUCCGGCCUGUCGACGGUGACUUUCUGGUCUCAGAUGUUACCCAUGAUGAUGAUGCCCACCCCAACACCCUCACAGAAACCGAUGCUGAUGCACCGGACAGGAAUAUCCAAACAAACAGGGACAUACGGGACACGAGCAUGGAGACAAACUGGGACGAGCCAGAUAUGAGAAAGGACCACUAUGAGGAUGCUGACUGGCAUCCUCUUACCUCCUUUACGGAAACGCUUACCGACCUGACCCCUGACGCCCCACUGGUGAUACGCAAUGACAACACUGGCGCUGAAGAUAGCACCAACCAAACCUUCAACCAGACUAUCAGCAAUUCAUCAGCGUCAGAGUGCGGCGAGUUCAGCAGUCAGCUGAUGUCUAACGGACAAUGCCGACUGACGGCAACACUUCCUCCUGUAGGAAAUUCUCAAAAACGCUGCCCAGACAUGUUCCGGUGUACAGACGACGUCUCCUAUUGGCUCCAUGAGAACGAAAACAGAAAGGAGCAGCUGGAAGAGCUGAAAGAGACGAUGUCAGGACUCCAGGAGGAGCUGAGGAACCACCGGCAUCGAGUCAAGGCCCUGGAGAUGCAGGGUGAAGAAAGUGUUAACUUAAACUCAACCUUUCACCAGCGGUUGCGUUCUCUGGAGCGCCGUCACGCCGAGGCCGACACGCUGCUCCACGUGCACGCGGCGCUGCUGUACGAGCUGCAGGUGCAGCUCCGAAACCUGUCGGCAACCGCGCGCCACAUGAGUCACAACACGUGCUGCAAGGUCAACGUGAUCAGGACUGCGCCACCGCUCGGCAUGCGAGACACACUGCCGCCAGAUGUACAGCCCCUGUCUUUCUGUCCAUCAGACUGUGCGUCUCUGUAUCACAACGGUGUCCGUCGUUCUGGUGUUUACACCAUUGUCCUGUCACCAGGCACCGCCCGGCCGGUCUACUGCGACAUGGAGACCGAGGGUGAGACAGCUGGUGGAGGCUGGACAGUGUUGCAGCGGCGCCGUGAUGGGUCAGUGAGCUUCAACCGUGGAUGGUCUGAGUACCGUGAUGGCUUUGGCGAGCCGCGAGGUGAACACUGGCUGGGGAACCAGCACCUGCACCGGCUGUCUAACCAGGGCCACUACAGCCUCCGCAUUGACCUGCAGGACUGGAGCCACGCCCACAAACAUGCUCUGUACCACGCUUUCAGAAUCGAGGAUGAGGACAACCAGUACCGCCUGCAUGUGUCCGGUUUCAGCGGGACAGCGGAGGAUUCGUUCGGCUGGUAUCAUGACCUGCAGGGUUUCAGCACACCAGACACGGGCAACAUCUGUGCUGAGAUCAGCCACGCUGGCUGGUGGUUCCACCAGUGUUUCUAUGCUAACCUCAACGGUGUCUACUACAAGGGGGGGCACUACUCUCUGAAAGCUCAGAACUUGCUGGGGCCAGAUGGCAUUGUUUGGUUCUCCUGGAAGGAUUCAGACUUCUACUCUCUGAAGGCGGUCACCAUGAUGGCACGACCACAUAACUUCAGGCCACGCCUGUCGCCAUAGAAACACUCUCAAUGACACUGAAGGAUUCUGCAGCAGCAAAGAUGAUUUUUGAAAACAUUUUUCUAGAAAGUGACUGGUGAUUCUGCACAGGCUGUUUUAAAAGUCAUCGGCCACUGAAAUGUAAGCUGAUUCAGAUAUUUCUUCCAAACUAACUGCACAAAUAACUGCCCAAUGAGCAGCACUUGAGCUGAGCAACUAAGAGCUUCCAGAAGUAACUGUACCAGGAUCAAUUAUGUACUGGAAAUAUUCCCCCAAAAAUGCAUCAUUUCCUUCUGUAUAACUUUUUGCUUUUUUUUAAACAUAAAUGAUGAAUAAAACUGAUUAUUUUU